CCUGGUGGAUAAAGCACAGUCUGGUCACUGCACUGGAGCCUGCUGGAGACACGAUGGUGAUCAGCUGUCGGCAGAAGGACAUUUGACUUUCAGACAGAGGAGAGCUUGUUAGGGGGAUAUACUGUACAUACUUGGAGCUGGGAGGUGGCUGGCAGAGGAGUGGGCAUGUUCUUGAACACAGCUUCUCCCCGGAGAUCGUUCAACAUCCCCAUUAACAUCAACCUGCAUGGGGCUCGCAGGCGGCAGACACGUCACAGGGAGUUCUUCCAUGCAGCUGUAGCUCAGGAACAUGAGGGCAGCCGAGGAGCCGAUGGACGAGGAGGACAGGGAGCUCGGACUCAGAUGCCGGUGUCGAGUGUUGGGGAGGACCGAGCCAUCCUGCUGGGCUUCACCAUGAUGGCCUUCUCAGCGCUCAUGUUCUUUGUGGUCGGCAUCACGACAGUCAAACCCUACGUUAACAGCGACUGGGAUCAGGAGGUGAGCUGUGUGCUGCAGCAGACCGAGCUGCCGGAGGAGUGGGUGGACUGCAGAGGUGUGAGCACAGUGCCCUGCCUCAGGGUCACAGUCAACCUCACAGGCUCCAAUCAGGAGGCCUUUCUGCACUUUGACGAGGAAUCGGUUCUCCUCGCAGCCGAGUGUUUCUACAUACCCAAAUGUCAAAUGGACAGAAAAGCGCUGCAGGAUGAAGUCCAGAGGGUGAAGAGCAGCUUGGACAGUCAGCUGGGCAGCACCUCGUCGUGCUUCAUCGACCACAGCAGACACCCCGAGCACGUCAUCCUGAGCAGGAAGUACACUCUGAGGAAGGCGCUGCUGGCUCUGCUGUGGCCUUGUCUGAUGCUGGGCGGCGGAGCUCUGCUGGUGGGACUGGUGAAGCUGACACAGUGCUUGGCUCAUCUGUCCUCUGAGGUGCGCAGUGAGACUACAGGAGCCAGGAUGACUUCAAGAUGCACUCAGGGAAAACUGUACAGACUCCUCCGUAGAUCCAGCAUGCAGUCUCCUACGUGACACAGCCGGUGUUUGUGCAGCGAUACGCCAAAUAUACCAUAUUUAAUUACUAGGGCUGGUUUGUAUAAAGUUGUUCUGAAGUGUCAGAGUCCCAGAAUUUCAUAACUUCAGUCUAAUUCUAAAGAAUGAGUGCCAUGCAGUGCCUUUCCUGUUGGUUAACAUUACCAACAAGUUCUAAAAUUUGAAUCUUCUUUUCAAAGAACAUCAUAAAGAUUAUGAAGGGCAGAAGAAUUAAAUAAGUAAAUCACAUUUAUUUCAGACGUUUGGAGAAUUCUUUUUUUAAAAAGAAAUUUUUUGGUUGUAAUUCUGGGCCAAGAACACUUCUUAAUAAAUAGCAGUGUCUCCUGUCACUUUAGUCGACUAACAUUUUAGGGAUAUUUGUCAUUACUACACUCAAAAUUCAGGUCCCACCUAAUUAAAUGCAUGGUUUCAAAAUAAAAGCUCUGAUUUAAUGAUUUAGAAAAACCCUUUAAGUUGCAAACAUUGUUUUGAUGAGUUGUGCUGACAACGUUGGGAAUUAUAACAGCUUAACAUUUUGUGUGGUUUAAAAUUUGACAUUUUUGCAUUCACUAAUUUAAAGCUAAUUUUUUUUUAUUAAGUCUAAACGGUUUUUUUUUUUUUUAGCUGUAACAUACAGAGGACAUUUUGAGGAUUAUGUCACAUGAUAACAAAGGAAGAAUAGUCUCAAACCAACAAUCAGCAUUUGUCUGAGAUGGAAAAUUUUUAUGAAACACUCCUAUUAUGUCACAUAUUAGCAAAACUAGAAUGUUUUUGCCCAUAAUAUUCUGAGGUAACACAUUAUGAAAUGUUUUUUGACAAAAUAUUUUCACACAGUGUUGCCUGAUAACAAAGGAAGCCCAUUCUCAUUGCAACAUUUGGUUUUAAGACUAUUAGGGCAUAAUGAUUUAAAAUGGCAUCACCAGAUAUUUAUAGAAUGCUGUCCUGCCUUUAAGAAUAACAUUUUAAAUUAAAAUAAAAAAAAUUACUAGAACUUUGUAGAACUUUCUCAAAACAUUUUAAAACCAAUGCUUUUAGGAUUCCAUGAUUUCUCUUCUGUCUGUUUCAGUCACAUGAUCCACACAGGAGUUAGUACUUGAAUGCAUAACUAUUGUUUUUGAUGACUGCAGCCAUACAUCUUGGCUGCUCUCCACCAGCUUCUGACAUUGUUCUACUGUCACAGCAGCCCAUUCCUGUUGCACUAAUUCAAACAAAUUUGCUUUGUUUUUGGGCUUGUGGUUCUCCAUUUUGUGUUUGAUGAUUGUCUUGUUGGAAAAUCCAGUCAUUGGAGGCAGAAAAGAGUUUUCCAGCUGAUGGAAGAAGACUGUUUUCAAGAGUAGCCCUGUACAUGACCUGGUUCAUUGGCCCUUCACACAAUUGCAUUUGCCCUGUUCAACCCAGACUGAAACAACCCCAGAUCAUCACUGAUCCACCCCCAUGUUUUACUGUAGGGGCAAGACAGUCUGGUUUGUAGGUUUCUCCAGGCUUCCUUCUAACCAGUAAAUUGGCUGGAACUUAUUGAAAACUGGAUUCAUCACUGAAGAGAACCUUAGCCCAAUCAUCAACAGUCCAAUCCUUGUGAUCCCCAGUAAAGACUAACUGGGUUUUCCUCUGCCUUUCAUUGAUGAAGAACUUCUGUGCCCUGUGUGACUUCAGACCAUUCUUCAAGAAGUCAGUUUUGAACUGUCCUUGCCAAACAAGUCACAUUUCUCCACAGUGCCCACUCAUUUUUAAGGUCCCUGGAGGUCUGACAACAAUUCCUGGCACAGGAACACAUGAGUACAUGGUCAUCUGGUGGGGUAGAAACAAAGCCUUUAUCAGCCUUUACCAGUAAUCAUUGUUUAUGUUUUUUUUCUGGAGUCCAGUUUCAGAUGACCUGCAGGUGUUAAUAGUAGAAGCACAGCAGCAGAGGACUCAAGUAUUCAUAACAGGCUGCUAGAGGGAUACAAGGUGUGUCACAUUACCUACAAAUCACAAAGCUCAGAUGAUUAAAUUCAUAAUGGAAAAGAC